AUUCUCUUUUCUUCUCCAACAGAUGAAAUCGUUGCCGAAUCGAACAACCAAAACAUCAUCGUUCGUCACGUGGACAUGAGCUCGCUGGCCUCAGUUCGUGCCUUCGCCAAUGAAAUUCUCUGCACCGAGGCCGUAAUCGAUGUUCUCAUUCACAACGCCGGUGUUGCGGAAGGUCUCAUAUCCAAGGUCACUUCGGAUGGGCUGGAAUUCACGCUGGCCACCAACUACUAUGGCCCCUUCCUGUUGACCCAUCUGCUGAUCAACAUGCUGAAGAAAUCCGACCAAGGACGAAUCAUCGUCGUAUCCUCCAAACUGUAUCGGUAUGCCAACGUUAGACGAGACCUCAGCAACAUCAACCCUACGAAUUCCCAGUUCAAUGCCCCGACCAAGCUAUACAAUUUGUCCAAAUUCAUGGAAAUCAUGUUCACCCAAGAACUGGCCCGACGACUCCAGGGAACGCGCGUCACAGCCAACUGUCUCCAUCCGGGGGUGAUCGAUACCGGCAUCUGGCGUAACAUUCCGUUCCCGUUGAACUUGGUAUUCAAGCCGAUCCAGUGGUGUUUCCGUACGCCCGAAGAAGGUUCCAGGACUACGGUUUACCUGACCGUUGCACCCGAAGUUGAACAAAUCAGUGGAAAGUACUUCCGUGGCUGCAAAGUGACGGAAAUCAACCAACGGGUUCAGAACAUCGAAACUCAGGGAAAACUGUGGGAAGCUUCCAGGAUUUUGGUGAAGCUUAGGGAGGAAGAUCCGAUGAUUUGAAGACUGGGUUGUUUUCAGUUUUAAGAAUAGCAUUUUCUGCUAGAUUUCAAGGUUAGUUGUAAGGGUUCAUUUUUAGAGUACCAACACAUAUAAUCAGGGGUAUUAUAUUUAAGUAUAGGAUAGCAAAUCGAAAAAGUUCAAAUAUAUUUCAGACGAAAAAUAGAACGAGUAUUAUUCGUGUAAACUUUCUAGGAGAGGGUUGACUUUUUGGAAAUGGGAUCAAAAUUUACAAUGCACACUGAUUGUUUGUUGAUUUAACGCGAGUUUUUGUUUUGGAAUGUCUUCGACAAAAAUUUUCUGUAAACAUUACCAGGAUUGUCUUAAUUAUCAAAUCAUCACUGUCCAGAAUUAAUAUGGAAUAAGAUUUACAUUCAGCCGUGGGCUGGUUCAUCACUCACAUGCAACAUGUUAAAAGACUCAAAUACACAAUAAAAUCACUUGUACCUACGAAACGUGUGUCAUAAGCAAACAGACAUCGCACUAUUUUUCUCACAUCGUUUUUCUUUUCAUGAUGUAUUAGAUAUUUGAUAGGUAUGACGAUUACAUACUGCCGUCAGCCUCAUCAAUUUCGCCAAAAUCAGUCUUCUGCCCAAGUAACACAGAAAACAUCUUUAGAUAUUUUAAUUUUAAAAGAUGUUUUUAAGCAUAUUAUAAGCGAUUCAUAACACAUGUUGUGUUAGAAUCUAGCUCUAAAUAUGUUAGGCGAUAACAAAUAGCUCCCAAAAAUAUCAUUUGGGAUUCCACGCAUAAAAUACUUUUAUACUACAAUUAAACAACAAAAUAAUCCAACACACGAAAUAAUGCAAUAAUGUCGAAACACUAUAAUGUAAAACAAGAAGAAGCUAUUUAUAAUUGGCUAGGGAAUUUUUAGGAUGCUAAUCCUGAUAACUUUUCCGUUUCACAGGCGCAAAGACGGUGAGCGGCUCAAGGCAGUUGUUUAAGACCCAGUAAAGUGUUCAAGAAUAAUCACACAUAUGCCGUAUUUUAUUCUUGCGACCAGUGAUUGCUUCUUAGUCGGGCCACAAUCAACGAACCAUUUAUCGUAUGACCUAAUCCUACGAUAUGAACGCCGACGCCCAAACAGCGAAAAUAUUGUAAAAUCUGGUCAAUUUACGCAAAACUAAAGCAUCUGCCUGAAUCUAUUUGGCCGCUCUAGUCAUGUCAACCUUCCAAAACAAACUGUAAGCUGUCCUGCAGCAAGAUUUUGUUGAUCGUUUUCUAGAAAGAAUCGAAGAGAACCAAUUUCUCAUUGCCGGCACUGCGGGUAUUGAUUGCAGCUGCUGUUGAUGGUAACGCACAUUCAAUCUCCAGUUGGUAUGAAACCCUUCACUCAGGACCACGUCUCAGCGAUCUGAUAUACGGCUUCGUAAUUCUUCGUAAACAUGGACCAUCCGAAGUCCUCCGUUAACUAUAAUCCUUCGACGAACCACCGUGACCAACUCGCAACGAUAGUGAGAUUAUUGUUGGCAAUGUUUUGAUAUUUUGAUAGCUGUUGUGUUUUAAUGAAUGUAGUUAUAUAUAAGUUAUUUUGACGUUGUAAAGAUUUUCCUUAAACAAAAAUAUGGCUAAUGUGUAGUACGGUUGAAAACAUGUAUUUUUGAUGUAUUAUCAAUGCUGUUAAAACUGUCUUCCACAAGCUGUUGUGGAGUUGCUAUCGGAAUGUAAUUUAAGCGUAAUCUCAACUUAUUUAUAAACCCAAACACUGGAAUUGUUGACAAAUGGUUUGUAUAUUUUGUUCAGAGAGCGGUUCCAUAUCAUUUCAGCAACGAGUAAUUUUCAUAUAUCUUUAUUUGGAUGAAACCUUGCAUACAAGUCUUUGGGGGAGAAAACCGCCGUUUUGCAUACUUGGUUCGCCAUUUUUAAUCUAGCCUUACUUAUGAGAAGGGCCUAUGAAAAAUGCACAUGAUAUCUUCAAAAAAUUGUAUCUCGAAAACGGUUUGUCCGAUCGGUUUGCUGUCUUCGGCGAAGUUUUAGACAAUUGUUGGUGCUAUAUGUAGAAAAUAUGCACGGUAAAAAAAUAUGUUUGGUUUUUGUGAUUUGAACUAAAAUAUAGAUUUUCCCUCAAAAGUGACAUGUCAAUAUUUUUUUAUUAUCCUUAUGUUAUAGCUGACUGAAAAUGCUACCUAGUGCACAGUGGGUUGUUCUGGAGAAAAAUAGGUUACAAUGAAAAAAAAAUGUUUUAAAAAAUUACGGUUUUCAAAAAAAGCUAUUAAGUAAAGUCAAAAAAGUUUGUCGCCCUAAUUUUAUGAAAGUACAUCAAAUUUGCAAGAAAAAAGUACUUCGGUAACAUUUUUCUAAGAUGCACCGUUUAGAAGAUAUUACUAAUUUAAUAUUGAUUUUUUUGAUAACUUAAUAAGUUUUAGCCCUUUUCGGAUGUACUCCGUGUUUCUCCAGUUUCAAAAGUAUUUUUUUCGGAAAGAUUGGAAAAUUUUGAGUUAAAAUGAUACUGACAGCUUAAAGAUUUGAGUGAAAUUCUCUGCCUUAGAAGUAUUUUGAAACAAGUUACAAAAUCCCACUAUCAAGAACAAUGAUUUCUCCCAGUGGUUUUAUUGCCUUCUGCUGAAAACGUGCUAAUAAGUAUUAGAUACAGGUAAUUAGAUACCAGUUAGCUGUACUACGUACAGUUGGUGAUUGUAAGCAUGGUCUUUGUUGGAACUAGUCCACCAUGGCCACGCUGGCCCAGGCUUGUAAACAUUCGACACUUUUCACUGCCUUCGUUUCGUUGUCGCGGUCGGGUGUCAGCUUGCUUUAUUUCAUUCGAACGCGACCGCUACCUCUUACACACAACACAAGCGGCAGAACAAAGAUCAAUAAACAAAAAAGUGGAUCAAAUCAACGUAGUCUGACACGAUGACAUUAGUAUAAUUCCAGCUUUUCGCAAGAUUUCAGCCAAAUUUGAUUAAAAUUGGUAUAAUAUUAGUAUAAUAUUAGUCACCUUCCAUCAAACUAGACGGCUGCCGACUGAUACCUCAAUCAACAACCGCCGCACUCUUUAUUCAUUCCAGGUAUAUACAAUUUACAAUCUUCUUCAAUAACAAUAUACCUACGCCAGCAAAUCUACCUCGCUCCAACUCUCCAAACUCGUACCUGACGAUACCUGAGCGUUCAACUCUACCUAUCUUCCAGCAGUCUUUACCCAGCAUUCUAUGAUUUAUACCCGUGAGCUGUAUAAUAAUGUCUGACUCGGUUCUGAAUUCAUCCAGUAUCUACUAGGGAAAACCAAACAGUAAAUGCAGAAAGGUUGCUAGAAGCAUAGUGAUUUCAUAGUAAUUUCAGCUAAUAAUCCAGUGUUUUUGAACUAGAUCCAGUGUUGUUUGAUAACAUAAUAAUUGUAAAGGAAAGUGUAACACGUUUUGGUGCAAAGAUUACAAAAUGAGUAAAAUCAGAUGUAUUCGUCCAUUCAAAGACAUUCAGUGUUCGAAAGAGCUGCGAUAUCUCACGAAUGGUAUCAUCCAAAAACUGAAGUCAAUUGGAUUUUCCAAGGUAUCCACACUGAACACCAAGGAUUUUCGUAUUUGUUCGUCUUGCCGUCUAUAUAUUGAUUCAAGAGCUCACCUCACCCAAAACGAAGAACAAAGCGUAGCCGGUGGCUCAAGGAUGCCAACUGUUCAGACCAUACCUGUUGUACCUGAUUCGCAAAGCUAUGAAAGUUUGGUCACGAUACCAUCAGCGUCAACGCUAAGCACAAUUCAAUCAAAUGAAGACUUCACGAUGCCUGUAGACGUCGAAAUAUUCAACCGAGGAAUAGCAGCUAUUCGUGUUUCGCCUAUAGAUUUAGGUAA